CUCUCUCACACCAAGAUGUCUUGCUACGACCUGUGCCCACCAAAAACCAGCGUCGCCGUGCCCCAGCCCAUCGCUGAGAGCUGCAACGAGCUGUGCGCGCGCCAGUGCCCCGACUCGACGGCCUUCAUCCAGCCACCGCCCGUCGUCGUCACCUUCCCCGGCCCCAUCCUCAGCUCCUUCCCCCAGCAAGCCGUGGUGGGCUCCUCCGGAGCACCCGCCUUUGGCGGCUCCCUGGGGCUGGGGGGCCUCUAUGGCGCCGGGGCCACUCAGGGCUCGGCCGGCCUCUGCACCUUUGGCAGACCCUACGCUUCUCCUGCCUGCAACCCCUGCGCCUUGCCCCGCUACAGCAGGAAGCUCUGGGACACCUGUGGGCCCUGCUAGAUCUGUCCUUGCAGCUCUUUUAUCUGGCACACACCAUACUUAUUAGGGGUAUUCAAGUUCAAUGCCGACAUUGGUAUUUUGUAAUAUGUUUUUUUGUUCCUUUCUGCAUAUUUUUCUGUGACUCCUCUUUCAUCAGUUUUUAUCGUAAAAUGGUCUUUAUUACUUCUUGUAUAUCUGUUAAUAUUUAA